CCGGACGGACCUUUGUAACUUUGAUGAAAAAAUAUAUGGUCGAAGUUUUGUAAUGUAUGAGUAAGUGUAUAAAUCACGGACCUCUUAAAAAAAGAGGUCCGUGGUGUAUAUCCAUCGUCUACGCUUGAAUCUACGGCAGUAGUUCAAAAUACCAAAAGGUGCUGCUGUUACCAAGGUUACGAACUAACCUUAAAUUGAUUUUUAAAUUUCAACGGUUUUCUUCAAAGUAGAGUGGCAAAGACAUUUUAUUCAACGUAAAAAUAUAAAAAUGUCAGAAAUAUCAGUGAGUAACAACGAUCCCGCUCUUGAACAUCGAUUAAAAGGACACAAGAAACAAGUUAUUGAUGUAUCUUUUAACCCCAAGAAUAACCAAAUAGCUAGCUGUAGUAGCGAUCAUUCUAUAAUAGUGUGGAAUUUGGCGAAAAAUAUGCGUUGUUAUGCAUUUAAAGGUCAUACAGAUGUAGUAACGUGUGUUAAUUUUGCGUCAAACGGUCACUUGAUAGCAUCUUCCUCCCAAGAUCGCACAGUUCGAUUAUGGAUACCGACAAUAACAGGAGGCAGUACAGAUUUUCAAGCUCAUACUGCAGCAGUCAGAACAGUUUCCUUUUCACCCAAAGAUGAUCAGUUACUGAGUGGGUCUAAUGAUAAAUCGCUGAAAUUGUGGAACGUUCAAAUGAAACAAUUUUUAAGUUCUUUCUUGGGCCAUACAAAUUGGGUGCGGUCUGCAAAGUUUUCUCCAGAUGGCCAUAUCAUCGCAUCCUGUUCUGAUGAUAAAACGUUAAGGAUUUGGGAUGCUUCUACUACUCAACCUAUACACACAUUCACUUUGGGAAAAGGCAGUGGAACCUGUGUUGAUUUCCACCGUGGCGGUAAUUCAAUCGCUUUGGCCACGAGUAGUGGUAGUGUUCGUGUUUAUGAUAUACGCAACAACAAACUGCAACAGCACUAUGUACUACAUGAUAAUGCUACAAGCGUGACCUGGCAUCCAGGUGCGAAUUAUUUCCUCUCAACAGGUUUAGACGGAACCAUCAAAAUCGUUGAUGCUUUAGAGGGCCGACCAUUGUACACAUUGGAAGGUCACGAUGGUGGUAUCAAUUCUGCAUGUUUUAAUGAAGGCGGUGAUCUAUUUGCUACUGGUGGCUUGGAUCGUCAUGUUUUGGUGUGGAGGACAAAGUUUCUAACUACAGAUUCUUCGCCAACUUGUUCAACAUCAUCAGUCGGUCGUGUAUGUGGUGAAUAGGUUUAUCAUGUAUUGACAAGGACUGUUCUGUGCCUAAAUCUGUAUAGAUUAGUCAUAAGCACACAUAUUUUCAACUUAAAUAACAGUUGCUCUAACUAAGAGGUAAUGUGAUAUAUGCCAGAAAAAAACAAAUUUUUUUGGAGAUGUAGGUCCGUUGGGCAGCUGAUGUUUUGUAAUUAGAGACCGGAUUUCAUGCUCUUAUGCAUUACAUAAAUAUUGUUUUGGGGUU